AGUGUUAAGUAUUUUUUACUAAUUGGUUAAUAAAUUUAAGAAAUAGUAAAUAAAAUAUAGUUUAGACAUGAAUUAUUCAACAGUAAGUAACAAAACUAAUUUAACAGAGAUGGAAGAAUUGAGUGAUGGAGAGAUCAGUGAGAAAUAUUACUUGCUUCGAAAACAAUAUGAUAACUUAUCCAGCAACUACGAAGCGACUAAACAGGAACUUCACGAAGCCAAACGUAACUACCAAACUGCCUUAGACGUGCAAAGUCACUUGAACGCCGAGCUGGAAAGCGUGCAGGCGGGUGAAGAGAAACGCCGCGCCGAACUCGGUUCUCGUAUAUCGAUGCUGCAAGACCAGAUACUGACUUUACGCGAGGAACAUUCAGAAACUGCGGAGCGGCAUGCGAACGAAGUGAAGGAAUUAGAAACUGAGAUUCGUCGUUUAAAAGAAGCAAACGCCACCGUAGUCAAUAGAGUAUCUCCGGAAAGAGAUACAGGGGAGUUAGAUGAAAUUCGCCUCGCAUUAUCUUCGACUGCCUCUGAAGCGGCGUCUGCAAAGUUGGCCCUCGAAGAAGCGCGAAACGAAAUUGUAUCGUGGCGUCUUAAAGUGGAAGAAUUAGUUACAGAAAUGGGUGAACUGAGAGUGGCAGCGGAGGUCCGCCGCGAAGAGUUGAGAGCCGCCGCGGAGCGCGAGGCCGUGGCGCUGGCCGACCUGGCAGAAGCCCGGGCCGCGUUACAACAGCUCGACGCGCAGGUCUCGCAGCCACACGCGGCUAAGGGCAACUCAAUAUUUGCGGAGGUGGAGGACAAAAGACAGGAGAUGGCCAAGAACUUGAUACAAAUGAAGCAAACCAACUCAAGGCUAAGAAGAGAGGUGGCAAGCAAGCAGGCGGAGGUGGAGGCGCUGCUGCAGGAGAAGCAGGCGCUGUGGGAGGCGCAGGCCGGCGCAGCUGCGCACCACGACCGCGAACUGCUCGAGGGGUACUGCGAGCGCAUCACGCAGCUGGAGGGCGUGUGCGAGAGACAGCGGCGCGAGCUGGCCCGCUGGGGCCGCCAGCUGGACCCCGCACACCCCGCACACCCCGCACACCCCGCCUGGCUGCCCGCAGUCCUGCAACAUCUCAAGAGCGAGUGUGAGCAGCUGCGCACGGAGGUGGUGUCUCGCGGCGCGGCGCAGUUGGCGAGCGCGGCGCAGGUGCGCGACCUGCGCCGUCGUCUGGCGCAGCUCGGCGCCGCGCACAAACACAUGCUCUCUCCGCCCGCCCCCGCCCCCGCCCCCGCUCCUGCCCCCGCCCCCACCUCCGCCCCACACUCGCCGCAGGCUCCGGCCCCGCUCGCCCCCGCCCCCGCCCCCGCCCCCGCCCCCGUCAGGAGAGUCGCCGUCGAUGAUGUUAAGAAAAAAGUGACUUUUGAUUGA